AUGAUUUCAGUCAGUCACGUAUUGUGGAAUUCUAUAAUUAUAACGGAGAUCCCAAAUCGGCGGAUUGGAUCAAUCUUAGCGGUUCUCCGAGGAGAUCAGCAACGUGUCAAUUCUUCUCAAGGACCUUAUAAUAAGGUUGUUGGUAUAGGCGCAACGCUGAAUAGUACAUAUAAAAUGCACUAUGGAAAAGCCGAGAUCACUAUGAAAUGUAUUGGGGUUGGUGGAGUAGUCAAUGCUUUUAUCACCAUGGCGACGAACGGUGACGAGAUCGAUUGGGAGAUGGUAGGCAAAGAUGUGAGUCACGGUCAAACGAAUUUCUUCUGGAAUAAUGAUAUGCUCUAUGGCGUCAACAGCCGGACCCAUGCCGUUUCCGGAGGAUACAUCAAUACAACUUUCCAUACCUAUGGUAUUGAUUGGACGCCUGAUUCGCUGACCUGGUUAAUCGACGGUGCACCUGUGCGUACCCUGUAUCGCAAAGACACCUUAGAAGAUGGCAUUUAUAAAUAUCCUAGCCAUCCCUCUUACAUACAAUUUGGGGUUUGGGAUAGUAGCGGUUCAGCAUCUACAACUAGUUGGGCAAAUGGGCCCAUCGAUUGGGACGAACAACCUUCUGUGCUGUCCAAUAUAAUUUCAAAGAUCAAGAUUACAUGUGAUUCUACUUAUAAUAAGGUUGUUAGUUAA